AUGAAGCUCAACAUCGCGUAUCCCACAAACGGAACACAGAAAUGUAUUAACGUCAAAGAUGAGCACACUGUCCGUCCCUUCUACGAGAAGCGCAUGGCUGCGGAGCUUCCGGUGGAUUUUCUGGGUGAGGAAUGGAAGGGUUACGUAGCCCGAAUCACCGGCGGUAACGAUAAGCAGGGUUUCCCGAUGAAACAAGGUGUUUUGACAAACGGGCGCGUCCGUUUGCUUCUGAAGAAAGGACAUUCUUGCUAUCGUCCGCGCCGGAAGGGUGAACGUAAAAGGAAGAGCGUUCGUGGUUGUAUCGUCGACAGCAACUUGAGUGUGCUAAAUCUUGUGAUUGUACGCAAAGGCGAGGGUGAGAUACCUGGUUUGACAGAUCAGGUCAUUCCUCGCCGUCUCGGUCCGAAGAGGGCAUCCAAGAUUCGCAAGUUGUUCAACCUGUCUAAGGAGGACAACGUGUGCCAGUUUGUUGUCCGCAAACCACUGCCACCUAAAGAAGGUAAGAAAGAACGAACACGCGCCCCGAAAAUCCAACGACUCACAACUCCAUUGCGUCUCCAACGAAAACGUCAUCGCUUGGCAGUAAAGCGUCGCCGCGCUGAAGCUCGAAAGAAGGCUCAAGACGAAUACGCAAAACUUGUGGCCCAGCGACGCAAGCAAGCUCGCGAUGAAAGAGCGGAACGCAAACGAUCCAGAAGUCAAUCUCUAAGGGAGUCCAAGAGUUCCGGUGCGAAAGCCUAG